UGUCGCUGUGGUUAGAGUGCUGAACAUUUUUGUUGUGCCCUUAUUGGUCAAAAAGCUGUGGCGUCACGUCUCUCGCUCUCUUCGACCACCGCCAUAGUGGGGAAAGGACUGCGCACAAAAUGUCGUCCCACAAGACUUUCAGAAUCAAGCGUUUCCUCGCCAAGAAGCAGAAACAGAACAGGCCGAUUCCUCAGUGGAUCCGAAUGAAGACCGGCAACAAGAUCAGGUACAACUCCAAGAGAAGACACUGGAGGAGGACCAAGCUCGGCCUGUAAACAUGAGGGUCUGUGGAUCCCAGCAUCCCUCCAACCCAACAUCUCCCAGGAACUCCAGCUGCUGGGCCUGACUGCAGGGGGGGGGGGCCAUGUUAUCUGGAGCAGCAGUCAUUUUGUACAGAUACUCU